AUGUUCUUGAGGCGGCAUAUUGAUCAAAGCUUGGUAUGGGAGUACCUUCAGUUGAAAACACCCAAAGAACUGUGGGAUGCCCUAAAGGGACGUUUUGGGAAUAUUCAUGACACUUUGCUCCCAGAAUUAACUGUCCAGUGGAAUGAAAUCUGCUUACUUGACUACAAAAGGGUUAAUGACUUCAACAGUGAUAUGUUGCGCCUGAAAGCACAUCUCAAUUUCUGUGGCAAGGAACUCACAGAAGAUGAUAUGAUCCAGAAAACUCUAUCCACUUUCCCUACUUCGGCCUUUAUACUAGCAAACCAGUAUAGGUUGGAGUAUGACAACAAAAGAAUCACUACCUUCCAUAAACUGAUCUCUAUGUUGCAAGUAUCUGAGCGUCAUGAUCAAGUUCUUUUGAACAAUAAUGUCAGACCUAUUGGGACAAAGAAAAUUCCCGAGGCUAACUAUGGCAAGGUGAAAGAUGGAAAGAACUCUAAAGUAAAGGGGAUUGGACGUACUGACCCUUACACACGUGGGGGCAAUACCCCACGUGGAAAAGGAUAUGGAGGCCGUAGUAUGGGCCAUGGAAUGGGCCGUGGACGUCCUCCCAAUAUAUGGCGCAGAGAUGGUGGUACAGGUUCUAGUGGCCAUGGUGGCACUGGACCUAGUGGUCACAAAGUGCAAAAGGCACCAAAAAACCCCCAAGAAAAAAGGGAAAGAGUUGGAAAUGAACCUUACUAUAGGUGUGGAGACACUGCUCAUUGGUAUAAGAACUGCCAUGCAAGUAACAGAGUCGCAGCCAAUUACAAGAGGUAUAGAGAGUCUAGAGAACAAGAGGCUCACUAUAUAGAGGAAGAAGGUCCUGAACCUAAUGUCAACCUCACAAUCUCAGACUUUAAUGGCAAGAUGGACCAUGCCAAGUCAUGUGAUACUCCAGAUUUUGAUUAA